AUACGGGGUACGCUACUCUCCUCGGACUCGCCACUACGCGAUGGCCGGCACUUUGUAUACUUAUCCAAAUAACUUUCGUGCUUACAAGAUUCUUAUUGCUGCUCAAUAUAGCGGCGAGGAUGUUCGAGUUGUUAGUGAACCACCAGAGUUCGUUCUCGGCGAGACGAACAAGACAGCGAAAUUUUUAGAGAAGUUUCCCCUUGGCAAGGUUCCUGCAUUCGAGACAGCAGAUGAGACUGCAAUAUAUGAAACUAACGCAAUAGCUUACUAUGUGGCUGGAGAACAGUUGCAUGGCAAAACAAAGGUCGAGGCUGCUCAAAUACUACAGUUUGUGAAUGUUGCUGACCAGGAGAUACUUCCUUCGGCGUGCACGUGGGUAUUUCCAACAUAUGGUAUCAUGCACUACAACAAGCAGAAUACAGACAAGGCCAAGGAGGACAUUUGCACUAUCCUCCGUGUGUUAAACAAGCAUUUGGAAACGAGAACGUUCCUUGUUGGGGAGAGAGUUACUCUGGCCGAUAUUGCAGUCGCUUGCACUUUAUUGAUGCUCUAUCAACAGGUGCUGGAGCCUGCAUUUAGAGCUCCAUUUGGAAAUGUCAAUCGUUGGUUUACAACUUGCAUCAAUCAGCCUCAGUUCGUCAGUGUUAUUGGCAAAGUUGAGCUUUGCACUAAAAUGGCUCAGUUUGACGCCAAGAAGUUUGCUCAACUUCAGCCAAAGAAGGAUGACAAAAAGAAAGAGAAAGAAGAGAAAAAAGCAGGAAAGGAAAUGAAACAAGCUGUGAAAGAAGCGAAAAAAGAAGCAAAACAGACAGCAAAAGCUGCGAAAAAGGAAAAGCCGAAGGAUGACGAUGAUGAGGGAGAAGACGAUGUACCUCGGGAAUCAUCUUCAAAAGACCCGUUUGCUGAUCUGCCACAAAGUCCGUUUGUUUUGGACGAGUUCAAACGCUGCUAUUCCAACAAUGAUACGCUUACCGUGGCAAUUCCUUUCUUUUGGGACAAAUUCGAUCCGGAAGGCUACUCCAUCUGGUAUAGUGAAUACAAAUAUCCCGAGGAAUUAAAGAGGAUCUUCAUGACAUGCAACCUCGUCGGCGGAAUGUUCCAACGUCUUGACAAACUGCACAAACACGCAUUUGCUAGUGUUGUCAUAUUUGGUGAAGACGACAACAACUCAAUAUCUGGUAUCUGGGUCUUUCGAGGGCAUCAGCUAGUUUUUGAGUUGAACGAAAACUGGCAAAUAGAUUCACCUUCAUAUAGCUGGAAACGACUAGACCCAACCAGUGAAGAACAUCGCAAAAUGAUCAAUGAGUACUUUGCUUGGGAAGGUGAUUUUGGUGGUAAGAAAUUGAACCAGGGAAAGAUCUUCAAGUGAACGAACAUUUAGUGAGGUAGAGGAAAGACUGGAGAUAACCAGUUCAGGUUUGUCAGCUGGAACUUUAUCCCAGAUUUAUUAAUAAAUGACAUUCUGUUUUGAGUCAA